AUGAUGGUACAAGGUAUUUACACGUUUUUUACGGCAUCUUUAUACAAAUGGAACUUGUUAUCUCAGUUUAUAAAAGUUUCAGAAAACGAAAAACUUUUACCUAAGAGAGUUAACACUACACGAUGGUCAUCACGAUUUGAUACCAUUAAAGUCCUAGGACAUAGUUACGCAUCAAUAAAAAGAUAUUUAGAGCAAAUAUCUCAAAAUAGAGAAGAAAAAAGUGUAGUGAGAGUUGAAGCGGCUUCUUUUGCCGAGAAAUUAGAUCUUCUGGAAAAUGGCAUUAUUUUAACAUUUUGGUUGGAUAUUUUACACCGAACUAAUGAUAUAAAUAAGGCUUUACAACAAAAGAAUAUGGAUAUAAGAAACGAGUUUGAUCAAUAUGUAGCCAAAGGAAUAGCUUUAACUGGCAACGAAAAAUACACAGAACGGCGAAGCACUAAAAGAAAGAGGCAUUUUGAGGAACCGAAUACAGAAGUUAUUUUGGAUCCUAGAAAGAAAAUGAGAUCGCAGAUUUACCUACCAAUCCUUGACAAUCUUCAAACAGAAAUUAUUCAUUGA